GCUGUAAGGUCAGAGUCGUAAAUCACUCGAAAGUCGAUGCCCAGAUUGCAACUCUUUAAUUAUAAUUUAUCCAUCGAAGAUCCAACUUUGCCAUCCAGAAAACCCCCAAUUUCCAUGCGACGACGAAAUCACCCAAAAUUUCAAGGAGAAAUCUAGAGAGAGAAACAAAGCCAGUGAAUUCUAGACAGAUAGGGAGAGGGAGAGAGAGAGAGUCACAAGAACACCAACACGAACGGAGAGAGAAGGAGAGAGUGUUUUCUUUUCUAUUUUUUUUUUGGUAAUGGCGGAGGGUAAAAAGGAGAAGAAAUCGAGCAGUAGCAGCAGCAGCAGUAAUGAAGAGAGCGUGAAGCUGUUUGUGGGUCAAGUACCAAAGAACAUGACAGAAGCUGAGCUUCUGGCAAUGUUCAAAGACUUCGCUUUGGUAGACGAAGUCAACAUCAUUAAAGACAAGACAACUCGCGCUUCCAGAGGUUGUUGUUUUCUAAUAUGUCCUUCCAGACAAGAAGCAGACAAGGCAGUUAAUGCUUGUCAUAAUAAGAAAACAUUGCCCGGGGCAUCUAGUCCGUUACAAGUGAAGUAUGCAGAUGGCGAGUUGGAAAGGCUAGAACACAAACUCUUUGUUGGUAUGCUUCCAAAAAAUGUUUCUGAAGCUGAAGUAUCUGAUUUAUUCUCUAAAUAUGGAACUAUAAAGGACUUGCAAAUACUAAGAGGUUCUCAACAAACAAGCAAAAGCUGUGCUUUUUUGAAGUACGAGACAAAAGAACAAGCCCUUGCUGCCCUGGAGGACAUCAAUGGAAAGCAUAAAAUGGAGGGUUCAAGUGUUCCUUUGGUUGUCAAAUGGGCAGAUACAGAAAAGGAAAGGCAGGCUCGGAGAGCUCAGAAAGCACAAUCGCAGGCUAUGCCUAACACUGAUUCACAACAUCCGUCUUUAUUUGGUGCCUUGCCAAUGGGAUAUGCUCCCCCUUAUAAUGGAUAUGGAUACCAGGCUCCUGGAGUUUAUGGACUUAUGCCGUACCGUCUGCCACCCAUGCAGAAUCAGCCUGCAUUUCAUAGCAUGGUUCCUCCAGUAAAUCAAGGAAAUGUAUUGCGUGGUGGAAUCAGACCUGACCUUUCACCCAAUAUUUCCCCUAGAAAUUAUGCUCCUGCUACUUAUAUGGGCUCUGCUUAUCCUACGGUGACAGGUCUUCAGUAUCCAGUGGCAUAUCCUGGAGCAAUGAUGACUCACCGGCCUUUGAGUAGUUCACCUGGUGCACUGUCACCCACAGUUGUGAGCAGUAAUUCUGCAACACCUUCAGGUGGCGGUGGAAGUUCCGGGGUUCAAGUGGAAGGUCCACCUGGUGCUAAUUUGUUUAUAUAUCACAUACCUCAGGAAUUCGGUGAUCAAGAACUUGCCAAUGCUUUUGAAGCAUUUGGUAAGGUCUUAAGUGCCAAGGUUUUUGUUGAUAAAGUAACUGGUGUUAGCAAAUGCUUUGGAUUUGUUAGUUAUGACUCACCAGCAGCAGCUCAAAAUGCUAUUACCAUGAUGAAUGGAUUCCAAUUAGGUGGUAAGAAAUUGAAGGUUCAACUUAAGAGAGACAAUAAACAGAGCAAACCAUAUUGAUCGGCAGGUCCUCAUUCCAAAACAUUGAAGAAACUGGUGGUUCAUUUCUCAGGAUAAAGGUAUGUUUGAUCUUGAAGCUUUGCCUGCAUUCGAGUUUAAACUUAGGUUCUGAUAAUCUCUUUCAGCUCUUUAUUUUGUUUCUACUGCAAUUCAUGUCACAUGAUUGGCAUACCUUUGAUUUUGAAGCAUUUGCAUGCAUUUAAGUUUAAAUUUUUGUCCUUGAUCAACUUUAUGAAGAUUGCUCUUCUUGAAGGCUAAACGAGUUUCAGGAAGGUCGAAAAACUUAUAUAUCUCAUGUUUAAAUCGUUGUUUCCUUGAGACUACUGUUACACAGAUGUGUCAUGAGGAAAAGAAUGAAGGGAAACAUUAUUGCUCCAACAAAGUUCUGGAUGGAAAAGGUAUCUGCUAUUGGCCUUUGAAUUCUCAAUUACUUCUUAUUUCUUUAACCAUUUGAAGGGGCUGUUUUUCUCUCCUUCCGUGUAUGUCUUGGAAUAUAUCCUUGAUAACUACAUUCAAAUCUUUCCCAGGCCAAGCCUUGGAUUUUCUUAUUCUUAGCAUCUGCUCAAUGUUAACAUGGACUUUGUUGAUGGUUAGGAUUGCAUCUAGAUCACUCCUUGUAGGAAAUCACUUGUCAUUCUAUAGCACUCGAAGGUAUUGGGACUACAAAAGAAAAGAGAAGGAAAUAUGGUGUCUCUGCAAAAUUGAUAGACCUAAUUUGUCUUAAGAGCCUGUUUGGCAUUGUGGUAGAGGUGUUUUUUGCUCGGAAAUGCAUCAAAAUGAUUUUUUUUAUUAUUUUUUAAAAUUCAUUUUUGAUUUUAGCACAUCAAAAUAAUCUAAAAACACCAAAAAAAAGAAGAAGCAAAAGGGCUUUCCAACCGCCAGAAACAAAUGGGGCCAUACUCAUACAUGUGUUUCUGUUUGGUGCUUUAGAGGGUGUUCUGGCCAGUAACAAAUCAAGUGGCUUCCAUAAAGUACUUGAAUACCCAAGUUGUUCUUGUGUCUUUAUGGACUACCUCCUCUUGAUAUGUUUUUCUUAAGCUACGGGAGAAUUAUGUGUUGUCAAGAUUGGUCACUUUAUAUCAUACAAGUUCCUGCAUGUUGUGUACAGUUUACCUGUUUUGCUCUAUUUUUCUCUUUCCUAUUGGCCUUGCUGCAAGUAAACUGUGGUGGUGAGUUCUUGGGUUGGAUGAACUUGGAUUACAUUGUGCAAUUUGUUUUAGUUCCUCCUCUCCAUCUCCAUUUUUUCCUGAUCUUUGUCAACUGAAUGUCCAAAAAAUAUGAGGUCAUGAUGGGUCUUGAUUCAUAUUCAAACUUGAACACUUUGCAACCUGUGGUUGUUCUAUUGUAAUGGGUUCGAUUAAAAUCAGCUCAGUUAUGUUAAAUCUAACUCUCUGUCCAGUCAACUGCCACCAUCGCUCCAAAACUGCUAUUUGUUAUCUGUAUUCUUGUCUUGUCAUGCCACUGUUUUUCUCUUUCAUUUUCCUUGUAGAAGUUAAAAUAGCUUAUGAAGUGGAUAAUUAAAGUAAUGGAAUACAUUGCCAGUGCAUUUACACCCCUAGGGGGCAUUAUGAAUUUUAUAAAACUAUCUAUUUUUGAGUUGUUGAGAGCUUGUUCCUUGUGUAUUGCACCUAAUGCAGCUUUCUAACACUUGAGUUGAGCUUGGAAAAUUGGGUGACACUGAAACUUGUUAUAUUCCCAUCUCUUAUUGGGAUCAUUUCUUCCAUUCUGUGUUCUUUGUCUGCAUGUGUGCGUCUGCUACUUUUUUCAGAAGAUGAUUUUCUUUUAUUGGUUGAUAGUGUUGUUGGUGCUUGAUCUGCACACUGACUUUCUGGUAUAACUUGCUGUUACAAGUUCAUGUGCAUGGGUGAAGGCUCUCCAUUCCAAAAGUUUUGUUUCCUCAUAGAGUUAAUGUGACACGUCAAACAGAAUUGCAUUCAUUGUGGAUGUGAUGUCAGAUUAUUAUUACCAACUAUUUGAAGGUUUAAGGUAGUUGUAAUGGAUCAUACAUAUUUCUGAAUGAAUCACACACUUCAACCCCAUCACUUAUGGAAAAAGAUGACGCUUGAACUAGAGGUGAACUGUUCUCAUAUAACACAAAUGAAGGGCAUUCUCUUUGCUGCAGUCAGCUUAUAUCUAGACUGUGCAAAGGAAGAAAACCCUGUGUUGAUGUUUGGGUGAAUGAUAUGGUGACUGUCCUGCUUUUGUUCUUCUCUCCUUGUUCUCUAUGCUUCGAGUACUAAUUCCACGACUAAAAUUUGUAAAAUAGGGAGGAUUGCAGAGCUUAUAGAAGCUUUCAACCUUCCAGAGAUAUGGUACAGAGCUGGGAGUAUGCUUCACGUGUUACUUGGGCGGCAGCUCUUCUCAGCAUAUAGCCCUCACGCAAGGAACCGUUGGCAGGGGGUUUUUGACAACUUAAUAGAUUACGAAAUCCUUGUGCAGAUUACGAAAUGAACGGGAUGAUUUAUAUUUUAGGUCAUUUUCCUGGUGAUGCAGGAUAAAUGUUCAUGAUUUCAGCUUUGAAGGAUCAAAAAUUAUUUUUGGAGCUCCUAAUAGAAAUAUACCAGUGUUUUUCUUCA